GGGUGCAGUUCUCAGGCUGUAAAGUGGGCCCCGCUAACGUUACUUAACAGUAACCAUCAGUGCCGUCGCCAGGCCAGGCAUCGUUCGCAGCCGUAGGGACGCUCCCCCGACGGUGCUGUGGGCUGGGCUCUCCAUUCUGAAGCGGCGGAAACCGCGGAGCUUAAGUGAUUGGCUGCGCAGCUGGGGCCCUGGGCGGCAGUCUGGUUUGGGAGUCGGUGCUCUUACCCGCCAGGCUGUGCCGCCUCCUGUUGUUAAUUCUGGCUUCAAGCUACGCGGCGUCCCGGGUUCCUAAUCUCUGAAAUGGUGGGUGUUCUGUUGUCGCCAAGUGCCCUUUCAGAUAGGACACUAGAUAACUCAGAACUGGCGUGGUACCCACUGGAGCUUCAUUUUCGCGCUUGCCAGAUUUAGAAGACUCUGGAGAGUAGAGUAGUAUCAGGGCGUGGAAUCUGGAGAGUAGACGUGUUAUAAGGACCCUUAGAAGACCUUCCAGGCCCUGGGCUCCAGUGGUUUUUGGAGGCACCACAUCACAAAUCAUGUGUUGAAUAAGUACUUACACCUCGUAUUAAGUAUUUUUGCUGUAGAACUGUUGAAAAAAAUCUGCUUUUGAAAUCAUUGGGUUAUGAAUAUUUCAUUAAAUUUACAAUUGGCUAUGCUUUGUUGCUAGUUAUCGUGCAUACUGUGAAAUGCUUUUCUUCAAAAACAGAAAUGCUCAUGGAUAGUAAACGUGAGAAUGGCAUUGACAGUGUUAUUUUUUGUGUUGGGUAUGGCUCUCUCAGAGGUUACAGACUGUGUGGGCAGAGUGCCCUCCACCGGACCGCCCCCUCUCCCACCUACUGAGCCUGGCCUUUGUGUAGCAGGUGUUGGUUCCGGGGGCAGCAGCUCCUGCCUUUUCCUGCCCUGCUGCCCAUCCGUAGCAUGACUCAUCAGUACAUCCCAUGACUCUGGCUGCUGCCGUGGCAUAGACACACAGGAGUGUAACGUUCUGAGAACAUCAGGGCAGAGACCGGGGAGGCCUGGAGUGGGAGACACUGGAAAGGAAGGUUUGUCAAGAAAAGCUUUAUUUAGGAGGUUGAAGGGGACUUGGAAUAAGGGUAAUAUUUAGAGAAAUGGAGACGGGAGGAGGGUGGUUGAAGCAAGGGUGGGGCUGGGGAGGCGGGGAUGAACUUGUGUGUUAUGUACCAGGCUUGUGCUCGGUGACUUACGUAUAUUAAUCCAUUUGCUCCUCUGAUGGCCUGUGAGGUAGGUUAUGCUAUCUCCAUUCUGUAGAUGAGAAAACAAGCUCAGAGAGAUUAAAUUACUUACCUAAGAUACCAUUUGCUGGUAAGUGGCAGAGCCAGUAUUUGAGCCCAGGUAUGUAUGACUAUAGCUCUUUUGCCCAUUUGCUUUGCUACCUCAAAGGUCCAGGCCUGAGGUGUACAUGUGUACCAUUUUCUGUGUUUUGACUCCAGAUACUCAGUUUUACCUCAUUUCUGUAUGUUGUCAUCUCGUGUACACCUGCUCCCCACAACGGUUCAGCUGGUCCAUUCCCUGAUCAGCACUUCUUCCCGUUCCUUCAUGGAUUUGAAGGCUCUCCUUUCCUCCUUGAAUGACUUUGCGUCCCUCUCAUUUGCUGAGAGUUGGGACAAUGUUGGAUUACUGGUGGAACCAAGCCCACCACACACUGUAAACACCCUCUUCCUGACCAAUGACUUGACCGAGGAAGUGAUGGAGGAGGCGCUGCAAAAGAAGGCGGAUCUCAUUCUCUCUUACCAUCCCCCUGUUUUCCGACCCAUGAAGCGCAUAACCUGGAAAACCUGGAAGGAGCGCCUGGUGAUCAAGGCUCUGGAGAACAGAGUUGGUAUUUACUCUCCUCACACAGCCUAUGAUGCUGCACCCCAGGGAGUCAACAGCUGGUUGGCAAAAGGGCUCGGAGCUUGCACCUCCAGGCCCAUACAUCCUUCCAAAGCUGCCAGCUGCCUCACGGAGGGAACGCACAGAGUAGAAUUCAGUGUUAGCCACACCCAAGACCUGGGCAAAGUCAUUUCUGCAGUGAAAGGAAUUGCAGGUGUUUCUGUCACUUCUUUUUCUGUUAGGACUGAGGAUGAAGACCAGACACGGAUCAGUCUGAAUUGUACUCAGCAGGCUUUGAUGGAGGUUGUGGCUUUUCUGUCCCAGAACACACAGCUUUAUCAGAAGACUGAAAUUGUGUCACUGGAGAAGCCUCUGCUUCUGCAUACUGGAAUGGGACGGUUAUGCACACUGGAAGAAUCUGUCUCCUUGGCCACCAUGGUUGAGCGAAUCAAAAGGCACCUAAAACUGUCUCAUGUCCGCCUUGCUCUUGGUGUGGGGAGAACCUUAGAGUCCCAGGUCAAAGUCGUGGCCCUGUGCGCUGGUUCUGGGAGCAGAGUCCUGCAGGGGGCGGAGGCCGACCUUUACCUCACAGGUGAGAUGUCCCAUCACGAUAUUCUGGAUGCUGCUUCCCAGGGAAUAAAUGUCAUCCUCUGUGAACACAGCAACACUGAACGAGGCUUUCUUUCUGAUCUUCGAGAUAUGCUGGGUGCUCACUUGGAGAAGAAGAUUAAUAUUAUCCUGUCAGAGACAGACAGGGACCCUCUUCAUGUGGUAUAAUGCAUACAGGAACAACAGGAUGACACAGUCCGCAAAUUGAUUGGCACCCAGCUCGAAUGCAUAAUAUGAAUCAGUGGAGUUGGUUUGGUGUCCUUCGGAAGAAUGUCUUAGAAUGUACAUUAUCAGGGCCGGCCCCAUGGCCGAGUGGUCAAGUUUGCACGUUCUGCUUCGGCGGCCCAGGGUUUCACUGGUUCGAGUCCUGGGCGCGGAAAUGGCACUGCUCAUCAAGCCAUGCUGAGGCAGCAUCCCACACGCCACAUCUAGAAUGAUCCACAACUGAAAAUAG